AUGGAACGUCAUCGUCGGGAGGCGCAGCUGGGCUACAAGACGCAGAACAGGCACGUGGUCGGGCCCCAGCUUGCGAGGGCGCUCGCGGCAAGGACGCGGCGACUAGCACAGGCGUGCCCCGACAUCGACAAGGUCGACGAGGUGGCAGAGAGUGGGAAGCUGACGGGUUGGAACCGUGCCUUCGAUAUCCUCUUCUCCAGGCUCGACCUGUCCAAUGUGAAUGAGAUGGUGCCCUCAGCUGAGAAGUUCUUCAGCAAGCUCCAGCGGGGCCCACGAGCGGGGCACUCGUCACAGUUGAAGGCGGUGGGUGGCUCCGUGGCGGAGGUCAUCGCGGGGCCGCUGAAGACGCGGUGGCACUUGCGCGGCUCAAGGUUGGCGCCUGUUGCGCGCGCGGCGACGGCGGGCGGCGACCAUGAUUUCGACAAGGCGCACAAGGCGCUGUGCACUAGAUGCCCGAUGGAAGCGCUGAAGGAGCUGGAUAGGGUGCGCGAGAAGAAGGGCAGGCGCGCGGCGUUCUAUGGCGAGGCGGGCGAGAAUGGAUACGACGGCCACGACGGCGAUGAUCGAUCGGAGCUUGCAGACAUCGCGGACCAGCUGGCGAGCUUGGCGGGCGAAGACGACGCGCUGAUGUUGGGCGACGCUGAGCUCCCAGACGACCCCGAGGACGGCAUCUAUGCCAAGUUCAAGCAGAUGGGCAGGAAUUUCGAGGUCGCGCGGGACCUCAUCCGCACACUGAAGGUGGCAAGGGAUUACUUCCCGCCCGCGAACCCCGCUUUCUCCUUCGCGAGCCACAGCGCGGAGCUCGACCUGAAGGAUGCCAGGAAAAGCUGGGCGAUCCUGGACUGCGGGGCUGCCCGGAGCCAUAUUGGGGCCGCGAUUGCGAAGCUCCUUGUCCGCAACAUGAAGGAGAAGCUUGACACUGAGUUCGGCCUGGCCGAGACGACGCGAUUCUUCACCUUCCGUGAUGGACAGCGCAAGAGUUCCAUGGGCUUCACGGUCGGCAACAUCUGUCUGGGCAGCGGACAGGAGAGGAUCGAGAUCUCUGUCAUGGACGACGACGCGCUGGUGUUGAUCGGGGCGGACAUUCUGGGGCCUGGCCACGCCAGCGCCCUGAUCGACUGCGGGAACGGCUACCUGAUGCUGCCCAAGAUCUCGAACCACAUCCACCAAUGUCGGAAGAUGCCGAGCGGGCACCUGGCAAUCAACGUGACGACGCCGACCUGGUGGCCGAACAUCCCGCUGAGCCCCCCGGGCUUCCGGGAGAUCGCGAGCCGCCGCGCCCUGGGGGGCGCGCCCGGCCCGUUUGCGGCCGCGGGCUCGGCCGAGCCUACCGCGGACGAGACGACCUCCGAGCCCCCCACGGGGUACUCUGGGCACUUCUACACCGUCAUGGACUCCAGGGGGCACGACAUCUGCGAAUUCGAAACGGUCACCAUCUUCACGGGCAUCUUGGGAGACAUCGUCGGGAUUGCAGAGGCAAGGGCCGUGCAAAACGAGUUCGCUUCUGCACCUCCACAGGAUGCGGUUCCGAAUAUUGCCGGGGCCAACCCCGCGGCAACAUUGGUGCAGGCUGCCAAGUCUCGUGCUCGGGGCUUUCAGAGGUGCGGAUGCCGCGGGCAACUAGGUCGCAAGCGGAACGGUUGCUCGCGCACGGGCGGCGAGACCCACCCAUGCCACGUGAGGGUCGCGGGCAAGCCCAUGCUGGACUUCGCGCAGAACUUCCGCCCGCCAAAGAAACAGCUGGCACAGGCGGGAGAAGCGAAGCCACAAAUGCCACGCACACCAAGGCCAGCGAGCCCCGAUGUCAGCUUGCAUUGCAGGCCCGAGGUGAUCUACAUGCGCUGGAGACGCAUGCUGAUCAAGAUCAUGAAGAAGCUGGCAAACGACCCCUCGUCGGAAUCCUUAGUUGUUGGACGACUCUGCGACGCCCGUGGAAGCCUCCGAGCGAGGCCGAGAGGAGCUAUGAACAGCCACGACCUGGACACUUUCCAGCAAGCUAUCGACCAGUACGACCUGGACACGACGCACGACAACCAUGAGCACGGGGAGAUUAAAGGCGGCAAGGUGGUGUCAUCGACCGCGUGCUACCCCGAGACGAUAUGCAAGGCCUGGGCAAAGCGCAUCCCCCGAGCAGGAGGCGGCGCAGUUGCAGGUUCGGCGACUCCGCUAGCCGCGGACCAGGACGAGACCGAGCUGAUUUACGACAGCACCGGAGAAGACGAGGACCAGGAGAUCGUGGACCCACCCGGGUCCGACGACGGUUUCGAGGAGAACGACUUCAAGGAGCUCGCUAAGAUCCUGAAGAACUCGAGGGCUGGCCUCCAGGUGCUGAAGAUGGCAAAGAGUUUCAAGCGUCAUGCCUGCAACUCGCCCGUCCUGCCGAAAGCUGUCUGGGCCGCCGCCGGCAUCGAGGCCCCUGAGGUUUUCAAGGUGAUGGGCAGCAACGGGUGUCGCCGAGCAGAGCUUACCAAGAGCUGGUGCAGCUCCCGCGGGGUCGAGAUGUUCAUUGCGCCUGGAGAAGCUCACUGGCUCAUGGGCAAGGUGGAGCGGCGCAUUCAGCUCUUCAAGCGCACGCUCACCAAGUUUAGGAAGCAGAACCACGACUGUGACAUAGACGAGGCCAUCAGCCAGGUGGUUGACACCAUCAACGACCUUGACACGGACGAGAAUAUGACGAUUUACAAUGCAGUUCUGAAGUCCGAGCUGGAGGACAGCCAGGGGCGUCGACGUCUCACUACUCCGCUACUCGACUGCUUCGUCGCCAGGAAGGACAAUAGCGAGUUCCACUGGAAGAGUUUGUCUCCAACGGAGAAGGUGGGGUUCCGCCGAGCGAUGACGCAGAAGGCCAACAAUUGGAAGCAGUAUCAAGGCUUGCGCCCAGUACCCAUGUCCGAGGUCAAGGGCCCCGCCGACGCGAUGGCUCGAUACAUCCCGCUGACCGUCGCGGCAGCGAACUCCUGGAGCAUCGCGAAGGGCGACGUGGCGAGCGCCUUCCUCCAGGCCUACGACCUCCAGGAGGAUCUGCGUGGAGGCGGACGAGGCUCUCCCUUCCACACUCGGAGUGCGGCUGGGCGAAGUACUCCGAUCGCGAAGCUGAGCUGCGGCGUCGGAGAAGCCCCCUGGAAGUGGCGGCGAACGGUGAAGACCGACUUCGCGAAGCUGGGGCUGCAGGCCUGCGAUCUGGAGCCUUGUCUGUGGUGCUUGCGGUGUUCCAAGUCCAACGCGCUACUGGGCCUGGUGAUGUGCCGCGUGGAUAACUUCAUCCUCUGCGGGGGCCGCGGACAUCCUGCUUGGAGAGCCACCAUGAAGAGCAUCGCGGAGCCAUGCGCCUGGGGCACUUGGGAGGACAUGGAUGAAGGCGCGAAUUCCAUCGAGCACGGCGGGAUCCAGGAGGCCAGCGACGCCGAGGGCGAGCGGAUGAUGGUCCGACUAGUCUUAUAUGAAGUGCUCGUCGGCACCUUCAAUCUCCACGACCGACGCGAUACCCUACGACAGGUGCUUGCGACCCUCGUGACGGAUUGCAAGGCAUUAUUUUAUGGCGGCGCGGUGAAGUCCGAGUCCGCCGGGCUGGGUCUGGACAAGAGGCGGACGGCUAUGGAAGCCGUCGCUCUCCGCCAAGCCCUCGAGGAGGGCGGGGCCAUCGUCCGCUGGGUGCGCUGCCGUGCCCAGCUGGCGGACGGCAUGACCAAGGCCAGCCUCCAAGUCGUCCGCGUGCUGCAUGCCUUCUUGAAGAAGCAUAGGUGGAAGAUUGUCCAUGGUGAUUGUCUCCUUUCUGCUCGAAAGAGAUCAGCCCUCGGGAAGGGCAUUUUCGACGAGACGACCGACCAGGACCACGCCGAGGCCAAGAGGAUCCUCGACAGCAGGACGGAGGCGGAUACGGCCGACUUUCGCCUGGGCAGCUUCCAGCUCUCAUCUGCUCACCCUGGCGCGCUGGGCAAUUUGGCCGCCGGGGCCCCGCCGGCAACUCUGGCUGCACCUCCAACCGCGCCGGCCGCGAUGCGGGGGAAUCCGGCAGAGAAGGGCGACUGGCGCGGACACGGUGUCAUGCGCAUUCGGGACGAUCCCGCCGACCUACCAGAGGACCAGCACGCCCAGAGUUAUUCUACCUCAGCAGUGCCACAACUGCAGGGCGCCCUGGGCGGGCAUGCGGGCGGCGGGUGGGACGCCAAGCCGAAGGACCCGUGGGCGGAGGCGUGGGGCCAGGCGCAGAGCAGCUGGGCGGAGCCGCAGCCGGCGUGGAAGCGCCCGCGCACGGGCCCCGAGGGGGCCAAGGCGGCCGCCCCCGCGGCGGCCUUUAAGACGCCCGCGGCCCAGGAGUCCGCCGGUGCCCCGUUGAAGAUAGGGCUGCUGGUGCCGCAGGAGGAGGCCGGCAAGGUCGUCGGCAAAGGCGGGCAAGUCUUCCAGCUGCUGCGGGCGAUGAAGUGUGACCUCACCAUGCAGCAGAUCCCUGACGCAGACAACAACCGCCGGGCGGACCUGCGGGGACAGAGCCCAGACUGCCUGGAGAGGGGCCUGGAGCUGAUCACGGGGAGGCUGCUCUCCAGGCAGCCCCUCGCGUCGCUGUCGCUGAUGGUCCCGUCGACUUGUGCCGAAACGCUCGAGUCGGACGGGGGCCAGAAGCUGCAGCAGAUCCGGGCUGCCACAGGAGUAAACGUUUCUUUGGAGUGGGACGCGUCCGCGGACGUCUCCGAAAGGAAGGUGGCCAUGGACGGCGACCCGACCAAGAUGGGGCGCGCGCUCAGGCUGCUCCUGUCGCCGUGA